AAUGCGUUAUGUGAUUUUAUGAUUGUUGCGGCUUUUUAAUAAUUGUGGGCCUUUAAAAUUAUUAUAUAUUCUUAUCAAUCCCGGAUAAUCAUGACGGCGUUUGAGGAAUUCGGGGUCUUGCCUGAAUUGGGCAAAGCCAUAGACGAGAUGGAGUGGACGUUGCCAACAGAUGUGCAAGCUGAAGCUAUACCUCUAAUUCUAGGAGGAGGUGAUGUUCUCAUGGCUGCGGAAACCGGCAGUGGUAAGACUGGAGCGUUCUGUUUACCCAUUUUACAAAUCGUUUGGGAAACAUUGAAAGACAUACAAGAGGGGAAAACUAGUAAAGUUUUACCAACGGUAUCGCCAGAAGUCACUAUGUCGUUCUUCGAUCGCACUGAUGCUCUCGCCGUGACCCCUGACGGCUUACGUUGCCAAUCUCGUGAUCAGAAUGGUUGGCACGGCUGCCGCGCCUCUAAAGGAGUCCACUCCAAGGGGGCUUACUAUUAUGAAGCUAUAGUGACUGAUGAAGGUCUUUGCCGCGUGGGAUGGUCUACGCAAGCGGCUAGGCUUGAUCUUGGUACAGAUCGUCUAGGAUUUGGUUUUGGUGGAACAGGAAAAAAAUCCAAUGCUAAACAAUUUGAUGAAUAUGGUAGUGCAUAUGGUAAAAAUGAUGUCAUUGGUUGUUACCUAAAUUUGAACUCUGGUGAAAUUAAAUUUUCCAAGAAUGGUGAAGAUUUAGGAGUAGCGUUUAAAUUGGAUCAGUCUCGUCGUUCAGAUUGCUACUUCCCUGCUGUGGUACUGAAAAAUGCUGAGAUCAGUUUUAAUUUUGGUAAAACACCAUUUAAGUACCCACCAAGUAAAGACUACACAUCAGUGGCAGAUGCUCCUAAGGAAUAUGUGAAACAGAAUGUAGUGUCAGCAGUUGUAGCCACCGGGGCCAAACAAGUCAACAAUGCCCCACAGGCAAUCAUUAUUGAGCCCUCUAGGGAGUUAGCUGAACAGACAUGUUCUCAAAUAGCAUUGUUUAAGAAACAUUUGGAUAAUCCCAAAGUCAGAGAGCUACUGGUUGUGGGUGGCAUCAAUGUCAAAGAUCAGAUCAAUCAGUUGAACUCUGGUGUUGAUAUUGUUGUUGGAACACCAGGACGUUUGGAAGAUUUAAUCCAAGGAGGCUAUUUAGCAUUGACUCACUGUAGAUUUUUCGUAUUGGACGAAGCUGAUGGCCUUCUGAAGGCUGGUUGUGGAGAACUAAUAGAGAGGCUGCACAGACAGAUACCAAAGAUGACAGCAGACGGACGCCGACUCCAGAUGGUUGUGUGCUCGGCCACUCUACACGCGUUUGAAGUGAAAAAAAUGGCUGAAAAAUUAAUGCAUUUUCCAACAUGGGUGGACUUGAAGGGAGAGGAUGCAGUGCCUGAGACUGUGCACCAUGUUGUAGUCAAUGUGGACCCGCAGAAGGAUCGCUCCUGGGAGAAUUUGAGAAAGCAAAUAACAACAGACGGAGUACACUCUAAGGAUAAUGUAAGAGGUGGCAACAGAACGCCGGAAAGUCUGUCGGAGGCUGUUAAGAUCCUCAAAGGAGAAUACUGUGUCAAAGCAAUUCGAGAACACAAAAUGGACAGAGCCAUAAUCUUCUGCCGUACUAAACUAGACUGCGACAACCUGGAGCGCUACCUGCGGUCUUUCGGGAACGAGUUUUCGUGCGUGUGCCUACACGGCGACCGCAAGCCGCAGGAACGUAAAGCCAACCUCGAGAAGUUUAAACAGAACCAAGUGAAGUUCCUCAUCUGCACCGAUGUAGCAGCUAGGGGAAUUGACAUAUCUGGCCUGCCUUUCAUGAUAAACGUAACCCUACCUGAUGAGAAGUCUAACUACGUGCACCGCAUCGGCCGCGUCGGCCGCGCUGAGAGAAUGGGCCUGGCCAUCAGUCUAGUCUCCACUGUACCCGAAAAGGUGUGGUACCACGGCGAGUGGUGCUCGUCCCGCGGCCGCAACUGCUGGAACACCAAUCUCAUCGACGACAGACCCAAGGGCUGCUGCAUGUGGUACAACGAGCCGCAGUACCUGGCCGAUAUCGAAGACCACUUGAACAUAACGAUCCAGCAAAUCGAGCCCGACAUGAAGGUGCCGUGUAACGAGUUCGACGGCAAAGUCGUGUACGGACAGAAGAGGAAACAAGUCGGCACCGGAUAUCAAGAUCACGUAAGCCAGAUGGCGCCAGUGGUGCGGUCGUUACAAGAGUUGGAGUCUCAAGCGCAAAUCUACUAUCUGAAGAUGCAUCAUAAAGUUGCCAUAGCUUAGAACUAAACUAUUAAUAACGCUCAAGAAUUUAUUAAUAUUUAUAAACCAUUAAACAUGUAAUGACU